AUGGAGAAUGAUGGCAAAGAGUCGUAUAAGGAUGGUGAUCAAUCUGAGGAUUUAAGUGUUGAGUAUGAGUGUAGUUCCGACGAAAGUGAUGAUAUGGUGGAUGUAACUGUAGAUGAAGCAGAGGCAGAUAUAAUUAAUGCUGGUGGUUUGGAAAAGUUGAUAACUGAUUUGACCAUCGAAGACAUAUGGGGAUUGGCGUUUGAUACAGAAUCUCAAGUUUGUGAAUUUUAUGCCAAAUAUGCCAAGUGCUAUGGAUUUGUGUCCCGAAAAGACUUGAAGACGGUGGAUGCUAAUGGCAACAUUAAUACAAGACAGUUGGUUUGCAAUAAAGCAGGAGAAAGACGUUGGAAGCACCUUAAAAGGGACAAUCGGCAAAGGGAGCAUAGGGCAAUUACUCGUGUCAACUGCAAGGCGAGGAUUCGGUUCAUUCGUCACUAUAGAACGGGUAAGUGGAAAGUCAGUGUCUUUGAGAGUGAACACAAUCAUCCACUGUGUCCACCUAAGUACAGACAUCUUAUUGCCGUGAAUCGUGGGCUUGAUGAGGCCGAUAAAACACAAGCAGACAGCUUGCGAGCAUGUGGUGUUAAAACUUGCCACAUAAUGGGUUACAUGGUUUCCCAAAAAGGUGGAUAUGAUAAAGUGGGUUUUACUAGCAAAGACUUACAUAACCACAUUAGUAAGACUAGGCGUGGCAAAGUGAAAGACGGUGAUGCAUUUGCUGCGUUGGCCUAUCUGUUUUCUAAGGCAGAUAGUGACCCGUUAUUUCUAGGAAAGUUCACCUUAAAGGAUGGUAGGUUGGAUAAUUUGGUGUGGGCUGAUGGAGAAAGCGUUGUUGAUUACGAAUGUUUUGGCGAUGUACUGGCUUUUCACUACACUUACAAGAAAAAUGUAUACAACAAGCCCCUUAGUCAUAUUUUCAGGGACCAACCACCAUGGCCAGACGACUAUCUUUGGAUGCGCUCUGCUCUCAGAUGA